CCAACCUCAGGCUCUCUGCUCUGAGAAUGUACGGCUAAACCUGAUUCAGUCUGCCUGCCAUGUGACACAUUAUCCUUGUGAAACUGUGGAAUUAUUUGAAAAGGAAGAAGGGAUGAAAAUGCCUUCUUUCUUAAAGGUAGCCUUAUAGUCCAGGGCUUACAAUACUGGUUUAAUGGUGAAGACCCUAGAGCAAGACUUGAGAGGCCACUAGUGCCAAUGGACUCUGUGGACAAUGGUCACUUCUCCAAGGAUUCCAUAAAAGCCUGUCGUGGUAAAAGAGAUUCAGGGCAGAGGGAAUCUCCACCACAAAGUGUGGUACCAUUUCCCAGAGGAGCCAAAUGGAUGAGAAGCCUUCCACCAGGAAAAGUCCUGAAUUCUGUUCGUUACGCUAUGGACUGGCUCUCAUCAUGCACUUCUCAAACUUCACCAUGAUAACCCAGCGUGUGAGUCUGAGCAUUGCAAUCAUUGCCAUGGUGAAUAGCACUCAGCAGCCUGGUUUAUUCAAUACCUCCACAGAAAGACCUCUUGCAUUCACCUUCAAUCACUCCAACAGAUCCAUCAAGGAAUUUAAUACAGCAGAAGUCUCUGUAUAUGAAUGGAGUCCAGAAACUCAGGGUAUCAUCUUUAGCUCCAUCAACUACGGGAUAAUACUAACUCUGAUCCCAAGCGGCUAUUUAGCAGGGAUAUUUGGAGCAAAACAGAUGCUUGGUGCUGGUUUGCUGAUCUCCUCCCUUCUCACCCUCUUUACACCACUGACUGCUGACUUUGGAGUGAUUCUGGUUAUUGUGAUUCGGACAGUCCAGGGCAUGGCUCAGGGUAUGGCAUGGACAGGUCAGUUUACAAUUUGGGCAAAAUGGGCUCCCCCACUUGAACGAAGCAAGCUCACCAGCAUUGCGGGAUCAGGGGCAGCAUUUGGGUCCUUCAUCAUUCUCUGUGUGGGGGGACUAAUCUCCCAGGCCUUGGGCUGGCCUUUUAUCUUCUACAUUUUUGGUAGCAUUGGCUGUGUCUGCUGUCUCCUGUGGUUCACAGUGAUUUACGAUGACCCCUUGCAUCACCCAUGCAUAAGCAUCAGGGAAAAGGAACACAUCGUGUCUUCACUGGUUCAACAGUCCAGUUCUCCUAGACGAUCUGUCCCCAUAAAGUCUAUGGUCAGAUGCCUACCACUUUGGGCCAUUUUCACGGGGUUUUUCAGCCAUUUCUGGUUAUGCACCAUAAUCAUAACAUACCUACCAACGUAUAUCAGUUCUGUGCUCCGUGUCAACAUCAGAGACAGUGGGGUUCUGUCCUCCCUGCCUUUUAUUGCUGCUGCGAGUUGUACAAUUCUUGGAGGUCAGUUGGCAGAUUUCCUCCUGUCCAGGAAUCUUCUUAGAUUAAUCACUGUCCGAAAACUCUUUUCAUCCUUAGGGCUCCUCCUUCCAUCACUGUGUGCUGUGGCCCUCCCUUUUGUGGCUUCCAGUUACACAACAACCAUUAUUUUGCUGAUACUUAUUCCUGGGACCAGUAACCUGUGUGACUCUGGAUUCAUCAUCAACACCUUAGAUGUUGCCCCCCGAUAUGCAAGUUUCCUCAUGGGAAUCUCAAGGGGAUUUGGGCUCAUUGCAGGAAUCAUCUCUUCCACUGCCACCGGAUUCCUUAUCAGUCAGGAUUCUGUGUCUGGUUGGAGGAAUGUAUUUUUCCUAGCUGCUGCUGUCAACAUGUUUGGCCUGGUUUUUUACCUCACAUUUGGACAAGCAGAAAUCCAGCACUGGGCCAAAGAAAGGACUCUCACCCGUCUCUGAGGAUAUAGUUGCAAACUUAAAUGUAGUACUUUGCAUUAACUUUUCAACAUUUUUUUACUUAUUGUUAUUCUUGGCCACAGACUUGGCAGUUCUCAAUUUUGGUUGCAUGUUCAAUUUCCCUGGGGAGUCUCUAAAACAUUCAGGUGAAUGGGAUCUACUUCAGAGAUUCUGAAUGAAUUGGUCUGGGGUACAGCCCAGAUAUCACUAGUUUUUAGACACUUCCCAGUAUUUGUAACACACACCCAGGGUUUACAACUGCUGGGAAAACCUGAAACAUUAAUCUUGUUGCCUUUGAAUUUUCCUUUUUGGAAAGAACUAGAAAAAUAAAAAUCUGUGAGAAAAUAA